AUGAGGGUGGCCAUACUGACUGUGUUUAUAGCUGUAAUUUUCGUGGUGCAUUGUUCUCAUACAUUUAUGGGAACAAAUGUCCAGCGGCCUUUGGUGUAUCAUCGCGAGGUCAAAUAUAAUUCCCAGAUGUUUAGAAAGAGGAUUGAAUACUUCAAUUAUACGAUACCGUCGAAUGGAUACGCAAGACCUGCGAUUCAGGGUAUUCUAGCAUUUGACCUGCUGGGUUCGGAAGCUUCAGCCAACGUCACUUCAGGUGGAAUCGGUUACUCCUUCGUGAACCUUCGGAUGAAGAGCGAACGAGGAAUGAAACUUGAUUACGAUAUUUAUAUUUUCGGAUAA